AUGAGGGAGAAGAUCGACGCUGGCAUGGCACGCGUCGAAGAGUCGUAUGAGAGCCUUGAGCAAAGGCUGAUGAUAUUGGGAGUGUGGUCAUUGGAGAAUCAGAAGCAGCUAAUUGAUGGUCAGAGCCGGGCUACGGAAGGAUUGAAUAAUCUCCACAGCUUCCAAGCACAAGCUCUUGAAGAAAGCAGGGAAACAAUUCAGAAACUUGCACAGUUGGGCAGCGACAGCAAGAAGAGUUAUUGGCCCGGCAAGAACAAAUCCGGCAAGCCCAUGACCAUCUCUUCCAAAACUCGCACUCCACACUGGAAGCACAGGAAGACUUCUGAGCAAAGCAGGCCAACAAUUUUGCUGCUCUAGACAAACUGUGCCGCCUAGAAGUAGAGUCAACAUCCCAAUCCUCC